UUCGUUCGCUCGUGCCGUAACUGACGUAAAGGAGCACUGCGAAAAGGCGAAGUAUUCGCAAUUUCGUCAAUUAUCUCCAUUACCAAUAAUGAACAGCUGUAUAACCAAUAAAAUUGGUUGACAGAAGCUCGACAAAAUCGUUACACAAUGGCAGUAACCUCACAUUGCGGCGCAUUCUGUAAUUAUUCAUUCAAUAGUCAAUAUCAUGCAUAACAAAUAAGUGCGUGAGGUGUUUAUAUUAAAAUCGUUGCAGAUGAAACUGAAGUUGUUUAGCCGCGGGGCGCGCGGGAUCGGUUACGGCUUGGUGAAGUACUCGAAAUAUUUGAAGAUGUCGUUUACGGAGUCUCCGGCCAAAGCGGCAUUGUGCUGCGAGGAGACGGCGGACGGGGCUCCGCCGUCGUACGCAAUGUACGAGGCGCUGAAGGAUUCGUGCCAAAACAACGCGACGUUCUUCCAGCCGGACGACAGUGAGAACGGCCAGCGGUUGUACCAGGGGUUCAUGACGCUCAUAGAUCACAUAGACACUGUUUGGCCGCUGGUGGAUCAUGUGCGCAAGGUAGCACCGCAGUACGAUUUCGACGCGACGUCCCCCGGAAAUGGUUACAGAAGUUUCGUCUCCGUUGUAGACUCCUGCGUACUGCACGGCUUGAAGCUGAGUCGCCAAGUUUGCACGGGCAGGGACGCCUUGCUGUUUCGGAAGGGGUAUUUCGUUAGGGAAAUAGAAUCCUGCGGGCAACUCCUCGCUUCCCUCGGCACGUGCUUGCACCACGUGCACACGCUGCUGUCGUGGGCGCCGCCCGGGGACCUGUUCCCGUCCGAGGCGCGCUCGCCCGAGGAGCUGUUCUCGCAAGCCGACACGAUCAACCAGUACUGCUUCUACGGGAGGUGUCUGGGGUUCCAGUUCCUACCAUCAAUGCGUGGUAUCCUAAAAGGCAUAUCGAUCUGCAUGGCGGGCUUCUCGGAGGCCUACUACAGCCACGGCAACCUGAUCAGCUCGGUGUGGACGGGCGGGCAAUACUUGAUCGACCCGGAGAUGCGCGCGCGGCGGAUAGUCAACAUAUCGCAGUCGGCCAGCGUCGAGUUCUGCAAGGCCUUCUGGUUCUUGGCUGAGAGCGAAAUAAUGAAACGCGUGCCCAGCCUAAUGUCCUCAACAGUAGCCGUCAACAAAGUGAUCACCAUACCCCCUGAACCGGUGACGGUGACCACAACGGAAGGGAAGGAGCUGACCGUCCUUCCGCCCACCGUGCAUCUAGGUCUUCAGAGCCUCAAUGUUAGGCUUAUUAGUGUUAAUAAGAGAAUUGGGAUGAACGGCGAAGCCAGCUCAUCCCUCCCAGCCGCCGAAGGCGUCCUCUUCCACUGCCACGGCGGAGGGUUCGUGGCGCAGAGCUCCAAGUCCCACGAGAUGUACCUCAGGGAAUGGGCGGCCAAGCUGAACGUGCCUAUACUGUCUGUGGACUACAGCUUAGCGCCCCAGGCGCCGUUCCCUAGGGCGUUGGAGGAGGUGUUCUACGCUUAUUGUUGGAUGCUGAAUAAUUUUAGCACUAUUGGUACUACUGGUAAAAGAAUAGUCUUCGCCGGUGAUUCAGCAGGCGCGAAUCUCCUAGCAAGCUGUACACUCAAGAUCCUCUCUGCAGGCUUGAGACCUCCAGAAGGAUUGUUCCUGGCAUACGCUCCGUUGUUAGUGAGCUUCACACCCAGUCCAGCUCGUCUAUUGUGCCUGAUGGACCCACUACUGCCUUUUGGCUUUAUGAUGAGGUGCCUUAAAGCGUACGCGAGUCCGAACCCCAGCAGUGGCAACGUGGGUUGCGGCCACAAGAGCUGCAACUGCCCCAAACCUGCCCACACAGCAACCUCUAAUGCCACUACGCCGCUAGACAGUAACGGCUUUCUUAAAGUCAGCCCUUCACAAGAAGGCAUAAGCGAGGGUCCAUCUUCAUUCGAGGAGGUGUCCCCGUCGGACCUGGCGGAGCUGCAGGCGCACAAGUCCGGCAGCGAGCGGCGCCGCUCCUCCGACACCACCAUCAGCGCCGCCUCCUUGCAAAGCGAACACACUGCCACUGGUUUUUCACCGCCCGAAGACAAGUCGCAGCAAGUAGUUUCGGACUUUUUAGAGCGCUACGUGCUGGACAGCGACACGGACUCCGAGGGCCGCCGCAUCCCCGUCAUCAAGCCCAACGUUGGGCAGGACGAGAACAGUCAUAGAGAAGCCGAGUCGGAAAACUCCAGCACACUGGUCGGUGAACUACCACUCGAAGACCAGGACCGGGAGAAUAAGAAGAGGAUAAAAACGCGGAUAAGCGAAGCUGCGACGGGUAUAAUGGGCGCCAUGUCGUCUCGCCUAGCGUACAUCACGGGCUCCAACAACAUCUCUAGAACAACACAGGAAGAGUUAGCAGUCCGGUCGAACCUCGACGCGCUAAUCGCCCGCAGUCCGUCGGACGAGUUCAUCUUCUCCGUGCCGCGCGACCCGCUGCUGUCCCCGUACUGGGCAGACGACCAGUUGCUUAGCAGGUUCCCGCCCUGCAGGAUAUUGACGGUGCACCUGGACCCGUGCCUGGACGACUGCGUGAUGUUCGCCAAGAAGCUGAAGCGGCUCGGCACCGUGGUCGGCAUCGACGUGCUCGAGGGCCUGCCGCAUGGCUUCCUUAACUUUGCUUUAAUGGCCAAAGAAGCGAACGAGGGUUCCAAGCUCUGCGUGGAACGGAUAAAGCAGCUGCUGGACCUGGAGAGCGCGCCGCCCGACCGCCGCUGAUGACGUUGCUGCGGCACCUGCCUCGCCACGGUGUAGUGCCCGCCGCAACGUCAGGUACUAGUGCUAGCUACUAGAUGGCGCCAGUCCGACGACGACAUCACCACACACAACACGAACGAGGCUAAAAUGGCAACUUCAAAGACCGAUCUUGAUUCGACAGUGUCUCGUGUCACGUGAUUUACAUCUGUAAAAAAUUUAAUAGGACCCUAUUUGGUGAGUAUCAUGUACGAAUAAUUUAAUAAAAAAAAAGGAAUGAACAUGGGCUGUUUAUGGUACAUUAUGGGAAUGUGAUCAAGUGGUGCGGGCCAUGACAUAACUUGCCAAAAGAGCGCCUGUGUGUGUUGAAAGCGAACUUAGCUUCGUAAUAAGGAAUUUGUGAAUCCUGUGUUUUAACUAAACGUCCGUUCAAAAUAUGUGCGAUAAAAUCUCAUUGUAUACAUAAUUCAGUGCUAUUUUGAAUACCUAAUACUGGUAAAGUUAACCUUACUACAGAAUCUGCAAGCAUUGGGAAAUUACUUAUACAAGAAUAAUGGUCAAAUCCUUUGCCUUGCAGAAUCACGUACCGGAAUUGUAAUUAGUUAGAAAUUUAUAAAUGGUCGUGUUCCGAACAGAUUAUUACCUAUGUACACUUGUUUUAUUAAAAUAAUGCGUAUAAAAGGAACUAUCGAAACUUUACCUUCGUCCGCUUAUAAUUAAAAGCCUGACCAGAAAUAUAUGAUCACGCGCCAUAUUGCGGAAUUUCACUGGAACUAAAUUUUUCAUACUAAACUGAACU